AUGACUUGUAUUGUUUAUGAAAACUUUAUUUGUUUAAAAGGUAGUGGAGAUGGUCAAUUUUCCGGUGAAUAUUGCGAUGACGGUUACAGUGACGAUGAAAACGACACAAAUAUUAUAAAUAAUAAAAAAUUAGAUGGUGAAAAAAGUGAUUUUACAUUUGAUAAUGUUGUCGGUCAUUUGGAAGACAUGUUAAUAGAUGAAAAUUUUUUUAAACUUCAAAAUGGCUUUUUAGAAAGAUAUUGGAAUCAAUUUGAUGAAAAUGAAGAGAACAAACACAUUUACAUGACAAUAUUUACUGAAUAUACAAAUGAAAUCGAAAAUUUUAUUUCAUUGUAUUUAAAUGAAAGAAUUAUUAAUUUCGACAUGAAUGCAUUCGCUGCAGAACUCGAAAAAAGAAAAGAACAUUUGGAUGGUGAAGUUUUUGAAGUUUUACUCACAUUAUCAGAUUUUAAAGCAUUUAAAGAAAUUUUUAUAGAUUAUCGAUUGAUGAAAGAAGGCAAAACUGUAGAUUUAAGCAAAUCUUUCAAUAUAUCAUCUGUUCCACUGUGA